GUGAGCUACUGUUAUCGUCCAGGGUAGCUUGCAGAUUUGCACGGUCUGUGAGACUGCAAUGUCGUCCAAGCACGAUGCAGAUGAGACGUUGGGCGUGUUGAAGAUGAUAUCAUCCAAGAUCAUGCUGGCAGUUAUACCGUAGAAUUGAGGUGCUGAUUUCCGUACUUGUAUAUAGUCAGUGUAUAUAUAUAUAUAUGAUGGCUUCCUGUUGAUGUCGACAUGCUCUGGCUCAUUUAAGCCAGUCUGAGCUGCUGGUGUUUCGAUCGAACUACCAAUGCCCAUGUCCUGCAGCAUGCUCCUGCGUCUCGCAGCUUUCCUUGGAGGAUUGCAAGUCAUCCAAAGCUUCGUUUAUGAUGAGAAGGCAGCGGAGAAGUAUAUUUGGCUUGAGCAGCUCACACUGAUACCCAAGGACGAGCUGCAGACCAUGCGGUGUGGGCUGACAUGUGAGAUGCUGCCUGAGGUCACCCAAGUUCACGUUACUAGGGACGCUUAUCCUUUGGAUACACGGGGCUUGGUCCUACGCUAUGGUACGGAUGACUGCGCCGUGGUCUUCCGUGGGUCGAAGAGCGUGUUGAACUACCUCUUGGCAGACUUCGACGUGCUGCAAGGCAAUCCCUUCAGUUCGUGCCCGGGUUGCAAAAUUCAUCGGGGCUUCUACAAGUCCUGGAAGAGCUUGGAAGCUCAAACGAUACAAGCUCUGAAAGAUCUCGAAUGUGAGGCGAGCCCCUUGCGCAUCUCGGGCCACUCGCUGGGCGGUUCCAUGGCGAUGCUGGCCGCCUUCGAGUUGUCAAAGAACUACACCAUCAAGGAAGUCUACACCUUUGGGCAGCCCCGUGUUGGCAAUGAUGACUGGGUCCAAGCAUUUCAGAAGAGAAUGGUCAAUGUGCCCUACUUCAGGGUCGUGGAUUUCAUGGACCCCGUGCCUCACUUACCUCCCAGUUGGCUAUUUGGGUAUCGUCAUGCUGGUCCAGAGGUGUGGUACAAUGCUACGCAGCUGAAGCAUUGGAGAAUUUGCAGUGAUGCAGAGAAAGACCAAUGUAGUGGGCAAUUCCCUCUUUGGCGUUGUUUGUUUCAUACCUGCGACCACUGCUCCUAUUUGGGCAUGAACCCCUGCAAUGCCAAUGAUGCUCAGCCGGCGUGCAUGCAAGGCGAUCUGAAUUAAAGGGUUUUCUCGGCACAGACAAGCGCAGCGACUGCACAGAUGGCUGUGAAAGAGUCUUCAGGAGUCCAGGCUUGCCGCGUGACUUGAAAAAGCCAGAAGCGCGACUCUCAUGCGCCAAUGCUGCCCUGCUGUGCCGGAGAAUGCCCGUUGUACAGGUCUGCUACAUCGCUUUGACCCCUAAUAGGCAAAAGGCCUACAUAAUGUAAAGCUACACCCAGGAAGUCCUGGGCAUUGUGUAGAGGGGUGCAUGUGCAGACAAAAGUCGCCCCAGAGGCCUAGAGCGUAUAUAGAGAUUCAUAUGGACCUUUUGACUACUUAACCGUGCGGUAUGAGCACAUUUAUUUGCCUUUGCUUUUGAUGCACUUCCAAGCGUGGAACCUUUGCAGAGCAGUGGGACUAA